AGGAAGUCGGUCCGCACUGUAUUACUUCCGUCCGAAACACGGAACAGUAGUGUGAAUAAAUGAAUGUACUGCAGCUGCAAAUGAAACUGUAUUUUAACGUGUCCUAUUUCAAGGGGAUGCAGAGCUAGCGUCUCCAUUCACAGCAGUUCAUCUGUAACGCUGGAUAAAUCAUACUGAUACUGCAGGUCUGUUGAAGCAGAGCGGUAGGUUAUCACCAUGGGUCUGUUGUCUGACCCGAAUCGCAGAAAAGCCCUGACCAGCCUCCUGACCCGCCUCAACACACCCAUAUGUAUUGUGUGCUACCUGGCGGCCAUAGUGUGGUUCAUGGGUCUGGCGUUUGAGCCCUUCACCCUGCGCACGUACAUGUCGGAGAACGCCAUGGGCUCCACCAUGGUGGAGGAGCGCUUCUCCUCUGGGGAGCGAGCGCUGUCCCUCGCCAAGGAGUUCAACGCUCACAAAAAAAAGGCGGGUGGGAUGCCGGUGGAGUGGUUAGUUAAGAGCAUGCAGGCCCGAGGACUGGAGGUGUUCACUCAGAGCUUCUCCCGUAAGCUGCCCUUCCCUGACGAGAACAAAGAAAGAUAUAUGGUUCGAGGCACGAAUGUGUACGGGAUCUUGCGAGCUCCUCGCGCUCCUCGGACAGAAGCUCUGGUCAUCACCGCUCCCUGCAGUCCUGGAAACAGCAACAACCAGGCAGUUGGUCUUCUGCUGGCUCUCGCAGAGUAUUUCAGGAACCAGGUUUACUGGGCCAAGGACAUCAUAUUCUUGGUGAACGAGCAUGAUCUGAUCGGCAUGCAGGCCUGGCUGGAAGGCUACCACCACACUAACAUCACAGGAAUGGAGUACUCGCCGCUGCAGGGUCGCGCAGGGUCAAUUCAAGCUGCGCUCUCAUUGGAGCUCAGCAGUGAUGUGAUUACCAGCCUGGACCUGGUUUUGGAAGGACUCAACGGUCAGCUGCCCAACCUGGACCUGGCCAAUCUCCUCUAUGCCUUCUGUCAGAAGCUAGGAGUCCUGUGCACAAUUCAGGGAAAGCUCCAGAGGAAUGACUGGGACACGGCUGAGGGCUACACUCACGCGGCGCAGACCAUGGUGCUGAUGGUGUUGAAACAAGCUUGCGGACGGUCCUGGGGUGAUCACGGCCUCUUCCUCCGCUAUCACAUCGAAGCCGCUUCCAUUCGAGGCAUCAACAGUUUCAGACACUAUAAGAUGGACGCCACCACCAUUGGCAGAUUGCUGGAGGGAAUGACCCGUAAACUCAACAAUCUCCUGGAGCGUCUUCAUCAGUCAUAUUUCUUCUACCUCUUGCCUUCUCUCUCUCGCUUUGUCUCCAUUGGCUACUAUAUGCCGGCGUUUGGCCUCCUGGCUGUCAUCUUACUGCUUCGAGCGCUGGAUCUCUGGGUUCAUCUGGGAACACCAGCUCUGACAGCGGUGGAUGGAGUUACUGAAGCAGAGCAACCGUCCAGUCCGGGCGUGUUGACAGUGUUGACCCCGGUGGUGAUUAGUCACCUGACAGGUGUGGCGCUGUAUCUGCUACCUGUUCAUCUGCAGGAAAUGGCUGUGGAGCACUUCCCUGUGUCUGAAACCGAAGCUGUGGUGCUCACUGCUAUUGCCAUCUAUACUGCAGGCCUGGCCCUGCCACACAACACACAGCGGUUGCUGUCUGGAGAGGGCACAGAGCAGGGCUGGAAAGUGCUGAAGCUGACGGCUUUGCUCUAUUUAGCGGUGUUGUUGGGCUGCACAGCCCUCAUUAACUUCUCUCUGGGAUUCAUCUUGGCGGUUACGCUGGUGCCAAUCACCGCCAGCAUCACGCCGCACAUGCCAAAAUCUCUGUGCGCUCUGGCCAUGGUGCUGCUCAGCCCUGCCUUCACCAUCCUCUACUGCGUCUUCAUCUACCAGGAGCUCAUCGAAGUGCCCGUCAGCCUCGGCGAGGGCUGGAUGCUCUUCCUCUCGGUCAUCUCGCAGGGCAUUCUUGAUCACACUCUCUACGGGUCGCUCGUAUAUCCACUCUUAGCCCUUUUCAUUUAUCCCUGCUGGCUAAUGUUCUGGAACAUUCUGUUCUGGAAUUAACCGUCUCAAGUAGCUUCAAAUGGAGCGGUUUUAAAAUGAAUCCCACUUUGUGCCAAUCAUGAAGAGUUAUUGUCCAUCUGUGGGUAUUAUCUGCCGUUAGGGAUUGGCAGAAGGAGGAUCUAGAAGGAUGUCAGGCCCAAAGAAAGUUCAGAUAAAGAGGAUUUAAUGGUGUGGCUUCAACGGUAAGAGUACUUUGGUCCAAGUAUUGAGUGUUUCAGUUUUGGGGAAGGGGUUUGCAUGAAGACAGAUGUGGGACAGAAAUGAGGAAUUAUUAUAAGAAAGCAAAACAUUUUCCAAUUCAUUAGAAAAUAAGUUCAAUAUUGUUACCAGAUGUGUGGACCCAUAAUGGUUCAUUAUUUAUUUUUUUUACCCUAUAAUGGAAAAGGCUUUGCAUAGUUUGCCAUUUUGAACUCUGGGGGACUGGAAGCUUAUAUUUAAUGUGGUUUGAUACUGAAAAUUGUACACCAGAAUUGUUUGUUAGUUAAUUCAAAAUGAAGCUCUUGAAAUGUAAUUCUCUGUGGACAUUACAAAAGACAGGAACAAGACGAUAACUCAAGAGUUUCCAAGACUUAUUUUCUUCAAUGCAUUAUAUCCAAUUUAUUUAAUUUGUUUCAAGCAACACUGGAUUUAUAUGCUCUGAUGAGUUAUGCACAUAGAUCUUCGAUUAUUACAUGUAAUUAAAAUAACAUAAAAUUAUGCUUGCUUGUGUGCAUUUAUAAUAAAGCCUUCCCACAUCUCGAGUGUUAAUAAAUGAAUAUUAUUAAUACAGUUUUAAUAAGCUUAAUAGAACAGCAGUUUAAAUACUAAUUCAAAAUAAAUUAAUAACAUCCAAAUUUAAUAUUAUAUUAUUGUAUAUUGUGGUCUGUCUGUAAUUUCUUUGUAAAUAUGACCUGUUGUGUGAUACAUGGAUGGGAAGAUGGACGGAUGGAUAGAUGAUCUGAAUUGAUCAUUCAAGCCACAAAUGAGAAGCUCCCCUAUAUGAUGUUACAGCCUGUUGGUAGGUCAUUAACAAGAACUGCCCAUUUUAUGAGAUGUAAGGGAAACGAUAUUUCUAAUUAUGAUCAAUAAACUAUAUU